ACGUGACGAAACCGGAAGCCCUUCUGGGAAGUUUUGUACGCUGGUAUCCGACACCGGAAUUGGAUACUCCCCCAGCUUCACGGCAUCUAUUCGGCUCUUGUUUAUAGCGUCACUGAACACACUUCUCUCUUUUCGGCUGCUGUGAUCAACGUCGAGUACAUUCCCAACGCAUAUUUCUGGUUAGUUUAUCUGGAGAAUCAUUGAAAACAAUAACUAUGGCAGUGGCUCCAGUUCCCAUUAGGAAGCGUCUCCUGAAGGACGAAGACAUGACCAAAAUGGAAUUCGAGACCAGCGAGGAGGUCGAUGUGACCCCCACUUUUGACACAAUGGGCCUGCGGGAGGACCUACUCCGUGGGAUCUACGCUUACGGUUUUGAGAAGCCAUCAGCUAUCCAACAGAGAGCAAUUAAACAGAUCAUUAAAGGCAGAGAUGUGAUUGCACAGUCUCAGUCCGGUACUGGUAAAACAGCAACUUUCUGCGUCUCAGUGCUGCAGUGCUUGGACAUUCAGGUCCGUGAAACCCAGGCAUUGAUCCUGGCACCAACCAGAGAGCUGGCAGGACAAAUACAAAAGGUGCUCUUGGCUCUUGGCGACUACAUGAACGUUCAGUGUCAUGCGUGUAUUGGGGGGACAAAUGUUGGAGAAGACAUCAGGAAACUUGAUUAUGGGCAGCACGUUGUUGCAGGCACCCCAGGACGUGUUUUUGACAUGAUUCGCAGGAGAAGCUUGAGAACCCGUGCUAUCAAAAUGCUGGUUCUUGAUGAAGCUGAUGAGAUGUUAAAUAAAGGUUUUAAGGAGCAGAUCUAUGACGUGUACAGAUACCUGCCUCCUGCCACUCAAGUUUGUCUGAUCAGUGCUACAUUACCACAUGAAAUCCUGGAGAUGACUAACAAAUUUAUGACUGAUCCAAUCCGAAUCCUGGUCAAACGUGAUGAGUUGACACUGGAAGGCAUCAAGCAGUUUUUCGUUGCUGUAGAACGAGAGGAAUGGAAGUUUGACACGCUGUGUGAUCUGUAUGACACUCUGACCAUCACACAGGCUGUCAUCUUCUGCAACACCAAAAGAAAGGUGGACUGGCUUACUGAGAAGAUGAGAGAAGCCAACUUCACUGUGUCUUCAAUGCAUGGAGAUAUGCCUCAGAAAGAGCGAGAGUCCAUCAUGAAAGAGUUCAGAUCUGGAGCAAGUCGAGUCCUCAUUUCGACAGACGUUUGGGCCAGGGGAUUGGAUGUACCUCAGGUGUCGCUGAUCAUCAACUAUGACCUGCCAAACAACAGAGAAUUGUACAUCCACAGAAUUGGGAGAUCAGGUCGUUACGGUCGUAAAGGUGUUGCUAUCAACUUUGUGAAGAAUGAUGACAUCCGCAUCCUUAGAGAUAUUGAACAGUACUACUCUACACAGAUUGAUGAAAUGCCCAUGAACGUUGCUGAUUUGAUUUAGAAGAAGAAAAGAAGACUUGCAGAGGAGGAGCUGUCUCUCUCUAUAUAUUUUCCCCAUGUUAUACAAGUCAUUUACAUUUUUUUUAUUUUUUUUAAUAUAUAAAAUAAGUCCUAAGUAGUGCUGGGACGAACAUGGUGUAGUAUUUAAAGUAAAAACAAAAGUAGACUAUGCAUUUAUUUAUUUUUUUAAAUAAUCUCUGCCAUACAAUAUACAAAAUGUAUUUACUGUUUUAUUUCUCUUUUUUUGUAUUCCACUUAAAGUAGGAUUGCAUCAUGAAAGAAUUAAAACAUUGAUUACUAUACUACAAGUCAUUUCUUUAAGUACAACCUGUUAUAUUGCAGACAUGAACGGAUCCAGAUUUUUUAUAUAUAUAUAUAUAUAUAUAUAUAUAUAUAUAUAUAUAUAUAUAUAUAUAUAUAGUAGCGAUGGUAAGAAUCUAAGUGUACCAUUUUUCUUCCAUAGCGCUUUUACUUAACAAAUGGUGAACAGCAACACUCCCUAGCGCACGGCUCUGAUCUUAGUGGUUUGUCAGAGUGCUCUAGAAUGCCCCUCACUGCUCCAUGCCUGCCUCAAUAUGUAUAUUUUCUGCAUCAGAUUUUAUAAUUUGACAGACUUUUUUUUUUUUGCAUUUUAAAUAGAUGUAAAAAAAAUAGAAUUUGUUUGGGUGUUUGUCCCAGCACUACUAUUAAGUUUUAAUAUUUUGCAGCCUUUUAUAUAGGCUUGUUUUGAAGCCCAUUUACAAACUCCUAAUGGAACUUUGUGUUCCUCAUUCAGUGAUGCUGUAAACUAGUACCCUUUUGUAAAUAAAUUGUUCAUUUUGUUGGAUAAUAAUGGUGUUGUGACCUUCCUGAGAGGUUACCUGCUGUGUAAUAAAUUGACUGCUAACCAAG